GCAUCUACCCCUUCUACCCCUCGAACGCCGGCAUGAAGGCUGAGGCCGCUUCCGGGAUGAAACUUCACAAGUAUGAGUAUUGUGCCAAGACGAUGGGCCAGUCGUUAAAUCCAGAAGAUCUGUUCACCUACGAUGAGAAGGUGAUAUGUGACUACCCGCGACAGACGCGGAAGUUUAUCAAGGAGGUGAAGUACCCCUCGCCAGAUGGCUUUCUCAAGGUGACUUUGGAGGCGGUGAACAGCCGUUGGGGCGACACCAAGCUGGAGGCAGUGCUGGAUCCGAAUCGAAGCAGGAAGCAGGAAGACAAGGACAAGCGGCGAUUUCUGUAUGUCGUCGCGAUCGAGAUGCAUGAGCGCGGGCUUCUGGAUGGUGUCGUGUCUGUUCAAUCGUACCUGUGGGGGGUACCUUUACCCUUGCAGGGUCCAAAAUCAAAAGGCCAGGCGGCUAGACCUAAACCCUAA